GAGGAGAGCAGGAGAUGGGGAAGACAUCACUGCCUCCCCAACCACUACCACCAAAGGAAACACUGUAAUCUCAAGGAAAAUCUUGAGUUCCUCAGGAAUUAAGCACGAAGUACGCCUGCAGUCUUUUUACAUACAUUUCAACCUCGUUGCUUUGGAUUAUCCGAUGUCUUUGACUUUAUAAAACAGACCAAUCGCAGGUAGCGACACAACCAGGCUGACCUACAUUGCGUCUCUUAUUUAUUUAUUUUUGCGUGUUUACAACGCCUUUUCCAAACGUUGCUUAUUUGAGGUUUUGCCUGUUUUUUUUUUAAGAAGUAGAAAAUAAUUUAGGUUAUCGAAGAGAAUGCACUGGCAGGCUUUAGGGCGGAGAGAGACGGAUGCGUCCGAGCCAAGAGAGGAACGAUAAAAGCGCGGACAUUGUGAUCCUGAUAACGCAGAAGAGAUGCUGCACGAGGAUUAUUUUAAACCUCUGUGCUGAUGUGAGGACCACGAGAGGAGGAACCAAUGUGAUUCUGCUUCUAUAAUUCGCGAAAUUAUACGAAUUUAUGUUGCAUGAAUACGAAAUUAGUUACGUUUUAAUGCACGAGGAGAGAGAGAAAAUGCACCGUUCUGCUCGUGCCUGGAUGAGGAACGCUGCGAUCAAUUGAAAGCGAUUGACAUCCCAUGUGCCUCCCCCGACUGACAAGAUAACAGAUGGUGCAUCCGUUGUAAUAUUAAACUCGUGACCGUUUUUUGGCGUAUUACUUUUUGUACAGUAUGGGGAGCGACAGUGAAAUAUUGAACCGGGAGCUGUCAAAGAUGUCUGAUGAGGACUUGCUGGCUUGCUCGAAGGAGGAACUCGUGAACCGACUGCGCAGGGAAGAAUCAGAAAAGAUGUCAGCUCUGAUUCAGCGUGGUCGAUUAAUCAAAGAGGUCAAUAAACAACUGCAGGGACAUCUGCUCGAAAUCAGGGAACUCAAAACCAUCAACCAGCGGCUUCAAGAGGAGAACCAAGAACUGAGAGAUUUGUGCUGCUUUUUGGACGACGACCGCCUGAAAGUGAAGAAGCUCGCGCGAGAGUGGCAACUCUUCGGCAAUCACGCGGCCAAAGUGAUGCGCGAGGACCUCGGCGGAUACCUCAAGAAACUCGCCGAUCUGGAGCGGAUGCAAGACGGCCUGGUGAAGGAAAAUCUGGAUCUGAAGGAACUGUGUUUGGUGCUCGAGGAAGAGUGCGUGAGCAGAAGUGAUUCCAGCCCGGGUGGCUCUACGGAUCUCAACAUACCGUGUAUGGUGGCCCGAGACUUGGGUGAUGGGAGCUCGAGCACCGGGAGUGUGGGAAGUCCAGACCAACUGCACUUGGUGUGUUCACCGGACGACUGAAGGAGAGGGACUGGAGCACAGCCAUAUCACUUUAACCUUCUCGUUUUAUGCUGAAACGGACUGUAUGCGUCUGCAAACUCAGAGAAGCGAAGUAGUUUACAUUUUCUGAAAAUGGCAUCUCAGUGAAAUAGAAGUGACAUAGGCUAGUUUACUCAUGGCCUUUUGAUGCCAUGUUUCAUCAAUUGCAUUUUAUAGUUGGUCACCUUUACAACAAAAUGUUCUGAGGUUGGCAAGCAGAAUGAAAUUAGUUUUAAGCUUCACACUUUCACAGAAAUCUGCAAUUUGGCAGACAUUAUGUGUAGAAUACAUUGAUGCUUAAUACAUAUACUGUACAUUAUAUGUAUAUGUAUGUAUUUUAACUGUAUUGCUUGCCAAAUCGGAUUUCUUGUCCAAAUCAAUCCCAUUUAUAGUAUAAGUACCAUUAUUUGAAUGUAGGCUACUGCAUGUUUAUUGCUGGAAGGGUUUCACUCAUCUCUUAUAGGCUGUAGGAAAAUAGGUUUCAAGGUUAACAUUUUAAACAACAUUGGGAGAAACUAACCAUACUGCUAACUUUAACCAGGUUUAACUGUGCACUGAUCUGUUCACGGGCUGAUGUUUCUCCUGAUGAUGCACUACGACAGGGCUGAAAUAAAUCCUGAAUCUUUAAAGAUUCACAUUUUUAAACUGAUUAGAGCCAUAUAUACGAUGUAGUGGUCUGUUUAAGAUCAUUUACUAAAAGCACUGAAUCAUUUUCAGCGAUGCAGAAGUAUCAAAGGAUUGUGCAAAGUAAAGCCUCUAGUGUAAGCAGAUCAGAUUGAUUUUUGUGAUUUAAUAUGUAAAUUAUGGCUGUAUUUUGGAGGCCCGACAGUGAUUCACUGGAAAUGCACGUUAUUAACACUUUUUUACUGUAUGGAUUUUAUUUUGUUUUGUUUGUUUUGAACUGGACAAUAUAAUUGACUAGAUGUAGUGAUGUGUGCUCCACUAAACAAAACUUUUCACGUUAACCCCACCUUAUGGCAUAACACAACUGUACUGUACAAAGCUUUUUGUGUUGAACUGUUGCUUUUAACUUUAAUACGUCUUUAAUUGACACACCGAUGUUGGGACAGGACAACAUUGACACAUAUGUAAUUAGUUUUAAAAUAUUGUGAUAGGUAUUGCUGUUAUAGUCAACUUUUGUUGGAUUUCUUGUAUUUGCUGCAUACUACAAAACCCCUUCUACAUAAGAUUCCUCUGUUGUAUGUUGUAUAUGUUUAAAUCAUAUCAUGACCAGUAUUAUUUCAAUGACUGCAGAUUGCAAUGAUUUAGACCAGACCCAGUUCUCUGAUUUACUAGCCUUUGCUUUGUUUCAGGCUAUGCUCGGAAUGAAGGACAUAGCUUUAAAUACACUUGACUGAGACACCAACUUCUUUGUGUGUAUCUUU